UGGAAGGAGCGAUAUUCAGAAAAUUUUAUUUUAUUUUUUAAUAAUGUUUAUUCGUUUUGAAUUUGUCUUUUUGGCAACGUUGUGCCUUGCAUCCAGUGGAAUAUUUGGAUGGGAUUUGGAGGGAUUUGACGUUUUUGGUGCUGAGGAGGAGAAUUCGAUCAAGGAAAACAAGCGUGGCGGUCAAAAGAAAACAGAAAAUGCGAAAAAUGUUGAUGCUUAUCAUACAGACGGUUCUGAAUUACACACAAAAGAUCGUCAAGAUAACGUAAAAACAAAUGUUGAACAAAACAAGAACAGUGAAAGUGUGAAACAUUUGAAGGGAGCCGGGGGCAUGAAAAUGAACUUUGGCGAAGACGGUGAUGAUGGACAGGAAUUUGAAUUUCUUGGUGUAGGCGGUAUUCAGGCAAACGAAAAGGAUUCGAUCAAAGAAAACAAGCGUGCCAAUCAAGAAAAAUCGGAAAAUGCAAAGAAUGUUGAUAUUUAUAAUCAAAAUGGUUCUGAAUUACACACUAAAGACCGUAAUGAUGAAAUUGAUACAAAUAUCGAAGAAAAUAAGGACAGUCAAAGCGUUAAACACAUUAAAGGAGCCGGCGCUAUUCAAAUAAAACCUAAGGACAAUAAUGAAGAUGAAAAGCCUCAAUACAAACUCGAUGUUCCUCAAUAUCGCACACACCCUCCUAAAGUUCCUUCUGCUGAACUUUCCUCUGAUGAACCUUCUGUUCCUCCUGCCGGUCCACCUUCUGAAAAUGAUGAACGUAAUCCUGAAGAUCAACCCGAUUUGGUUCAUGUUAACGGAUUUGAAGGUAAUGAAAUAGACUCCAAGAAGAAGAAUAAAAAGUUGAAUAAGAAGGAAAUAGAAAAUGCCAAGAAUGUUGAUGUUUACAAUAAAGAUGGUUCUGAAUUACACACUAAAGAUCGUCAUGAUGAAAGUAACACAAACUUUGAAGAAAAUAGUGAUAGUCAUAGUGUUAAAAACCUGAGAGGAGCAAGCCUUACUAAAAUGAACCUUCCUGAUGGUAAUGGCGGUGAAGAACCAUGCGAUGAUGAGCCUUCUACUGAUUCACCAUCUGGUCCACCUUCCGGCAACGAAGAACCACGUCAGCAUAAUAUUCCUCGAACUCCUCGUCCUACCCGCGCUCCCCGUGCUUCUCGCACUCCUCGUGUCCGUCAACCUGAGCAACAAAAUCCUGCGACUGAGAACUGUUCAACUGAUCAACCAGAGACUUCAACUGUUGGGUCUGGCAAAGAAUGCACUUUGUUGCAAAAACUUGCAAAACGUCUCGGUAGAAAGGUAAACUGCUAA